AUGAAGUACUUCGCUGUCGCAUUGAGCUUACUGUCAAUGGGAGUUGCUCAUGCUAAACAGCAUGGUUUUCUCAAGGACAAUGGCGAUGGAACAUGGAUCAUCGGCAACGACGUCUGGAACAUGACACAGGACAAAAUCUAUGGCUCCAAGCUAUACUACAAAAACCAAGAACUUGUCGGUAAAGCUGCCGGCCACUAUNACGGCGCAGCCAGCAAUCUCGCCUGGACCAGUGCCAAAAUCAUCAAGACUGGAAGCAACUACAUCGACAUCCAAUUUGAUGCCCAAGAAGGUGAAAUGCAUUGGGUCAUCUUCAAUGGUCUUGCCGGCGCAUAUCAAUACUUUGUAAACCGCGCUUUACCUGUCCUGGGAGAAUUUCGCACGCUCUGGAGGUUGGACAAUGAGACUUUUACCAGUGCUUACAAUGCAGAUAAGGAUGGGGUAUUGCCCGCAUUGUCUGAAUAUGCGGUUUCGACCAAGAUCCAGGAUGAGACCUGGAAGACGCCCGAGGGAGAUUAUCUGACCAAAUAUGAUUGGUCUGGGUUUGUUAGGGAGCAAGAGUAUUGGGGUGUGUACGGUGAGAGGUUUGGCAGUUGGUAUCUGGUGAGUGUUUGGAUAUGUUUCUAUGGCUUGUAUUUAUCUAACAAUAGCAGCNAUCCAGGCAAAGACUACUUCAAUGGUGAUCAUCUGAAACAGGAACUAAUGCUCUGGUACCUCAACGACGGCACAAAACCCAAUGUCGCUCGCCGCUACAACAACGAAAUAAACUCAUGGCCUUACAAAUGGCUAGACGACACCUCCUACCAAUCUCGCAUUGCCUCUGUGAUAGGAAAACUCGUCCUCUCAGACGGCAGGCCAGCCGCAGGAGCUGCCGUCUUCCUCGGUGACAAUCAUCCCAACAAGACAACUCUGGAUAUGGGGAGUAACUAUUACUACACCACCUACGCAGACAAUGAUGGUUCUUUCCGCUUUACAGACGUCAGGACUGGUGUUUAUGCUCUACAAGCCUGGGCCAAUGGUGGUAGUAUAGCAGACCUCACAACCACAUAUCUCAAAAACGACAUUAAUGUGACUGGUUCUCGCACCAGCAAACUUCGUCUCGAUAAUCUUUCCUGGAAAAUUCCUUCUGCACGACGACAAAUAUUCCAGAUCGGCGCUUUUGACAGAAAGUCCACUGGCUUUGCAUACUCAGGGGGCUUUGGAGCUGGAAGAGUGGACGAUUGUCCUGCAAACCUUACUUAUACAGUCGACAGCAGUAAAGACAGUGAUUGGUGCUUUGCUCAAAACGCGAUCGGUAGCUAUCGAAUCGCUUUUGCUCUACCCACUUCCAACGCCACCUCAGAUGCUUUACUUACUGUUAGUCUGGCUGGCUAUAGUCAAGGCACCACAGUCAACAUCUUUGCCAACGAUGUGCGUAUUGGGAAUUUGAGCAGCAGUGGUAUUGCCUCGGAUCCUAGUUUGUAUCGGUCAGGGACUGUGGCUGGGGAGUGGCAUCAGUUUGAGUUUCCGAUCAAGAAGGGUGUGUUGAAGGUGGAUAACGAGAUUGAUUUCAAAGUUACGAGUUUGUCGUCGAGUUUGUGGAGAGGACCGAUUUAUGAUGCGAUUCAGCUGGAGUGGAUCUAG